UGUAUCAUGUGACGCUCCGAGCAGAGGUUUUGCCAAGUGGCAUUCAACACGUAACCUGCGCGUAGGUUAAAUGUAAAUAAUCUCCUUUACCGUCGGACAUUUUCCUGGUUUCGAUGACGGACACUGAGAAUUUAAAAGGUGUCGCUCUUCGUUUUGAAAACCACGCAAUGAGCAAGAAUCAGCUGCUUGUUUUCAUGUCUUUAGCGUGGAGUCAAGUUGCAAUUAUAAUUGGAGAGCCAGUUUGUAGUGGUGUGCCACAGAUUGAGUCCAGAGGGACUGGGACAGAAGUGUGGGGGGACCUUGGCUCCAGUGUUGAGCUGAAUUGCACGGCCUUGCUGGCCUACAACAGGAGUGAGCCUGCUGGUGAGGUCAGUGUGCAGUGGAGUAAAGAUGGACAGAUUCUCAGCAACUACAGACCCUUCACCCACAGCACCUCUCAUUGGUUUGCUAGUGAAAGGCAAAUGAUUGUGAGCAGCGUUCUGACUGUGGACCUGGAGGAACAGGCCCAUUUUGGGGUCUACUGUUGUGAAGUGUGGAACAGAACAGUUACCUUCAGCCUCCAGAGCAGAGACUUUCCAAGUCACAUAGGGCCAGUAGUUGCAUCAGUGGUCUUAUUCCUGGUGUUGGUCCUGGUUGCUUUAAUUUAUUCCAAAUGUCACCUCAAUUUCAAACUCUGGUAUAAAAACCUAUAUGGAGACUAUGAAAUGAGCGAUGGCAAAAUGUAUGAUGCCUAUAUCUCAUACAUAGAAAAUGAGAAUGACCGGAAGUUUGUCAAUUUUAUCCUGAAACCUCAUUUGGAGAACAAAUGUGGGCAUAAAUUAUUUCUUAAUGGCACAAACAUUCUCCCUGGAGCAGAGCCAUCUGCAGAGUUACUGAUGAACAUUAGUCGCUGUCGGCGGCUCAUUGUGGUGCUGUCCCAGUCCUACCUGGAGCAGGAGUGGUGCACUACUAACUUCAGACAGGGGUUAUUUCAUCUGCUGGAGCUGUCACGGAAGCCCAUUUUCAUCAUCUUCCAGUCUCAGCAGAAGCAUGUGAAUCUGGACGUCGCCAAGCAGCUCCGGGAACACCAGGCACGAAUUACCGCUCUCAUCUGGGGUGCGCAUUCCAUGACACCAUCGUCCAGGUUUUGGAAGGAGCUGGCCUUGGCCAUGCCCCGAAAGGUGACGUUCCACAGUGAGUCUGCUGGAGACCCCCAGACACUGCUCCAAAAUGACAAAGACCCCAUGCUCACCCUACAGCCUGACUAUCUGGACUGCAGACCAGACCCAGACCCUGCUGGAGAUCUGGGCAUACGGUUACCCAUCCAUAAGGUCAUGGCUUCUCGAGCUCCGGUCCUCCCUGAAACUCCCGAUCCAGUUUCAGAAGCCAGAGCUCCAGAGAUUGAUGUGUCUGACCUGGGCUCCAGGAGUUAUGCUGCCCGCACUGACUUUUACUGUCUUGUAACUGAGGAUGACGUAUAAUCCACAUGUGCACACUCCUGUUCUAUCUGUCAUGAAAUUCUCCUGAUAGCAGAAACCCUCAACCAUUUCAUUAGUCAGUCUUCGUUUACAUUUUAAACAGGAAGACUUUUGGAGCACAAAUUGUUAUUGAUAAUGGCUAUUAAGUAUAUCAUACACCAUCCAUCUCUGAAACUGUGAAUAUGUUCCCAUAUAUAUAAUUAUAUAUUAAAAUACUUCUACUUAAUGAAAGAAUUAAGUUUUUGUAUUGCUAUAUGUCAUAUACCUCUAUACUUGUACUUGCUGCACUUUGUCUUCAGCAGUCCUGUACAGAUUUUCUGGAAGUAAGUGCACUAUGUAACAUUUCAUGCCUAGUUAUUGUUAUAUAUAUUUGUUGUGAUAAAAUUCUCAAAAAAUAAUGACAAUUUCGAUGUUUUCCCUGAGUGGGUGGCGUGGGUUAAAUAAUGUAUCUUGUGUCUGUUUUAAUCAGAACUACGGCGGCUGCAUCUGGUGAACCAAAUACUCCACUGUACAGGGGAGGAAAGUCGUCAGAUCACCACCUGCUGUUUGCUCUCAAAACAGGUUAACAUUUUUGCCGCAGUCAAAAUUUGAGGAAUUCAUUUAUAGGUAGAAGUAGAAUAGUGCUAAUAGACAUCUUACCUGAUAUCAUAUAACAAAACCGAAGAAACAGGGAUUUAGAAGAUUUUUUUUUAACAUUAGAGGCUGGCAUUACCUAGCAUCCCCCUCAAAUCAAGCCCUAUAUAUUUGUAUGAAUUCAAUAAAAUGUGGUUUUAACAUUUCAAUAGCCAUAUGUCUUGUAAGG